CGUCCCCCUUACCCUGUUCCUCAGGCCCGGCUCCGCGGGUUCCGCUUCGCGGCGGGGCGGAGCCGGAGGCGGGCCCAGAGGUGGGGCCUGGGGCGGGCCCAGGGCGUCCAGGUGGUCACCGCGGAAGGGCCUGUUUCCCCAGCCUCCCCUGGGGUCGACGGCCGGCGGGGAGGUAAGGGGCUCAGGGAGGCAAUUUGGUUCCCGCCCGGAACAUAGUAGUCCGGUACUCCUGUGGGCUACCCCCUUUCCUUUCCCCCCUUGAACCGCGACUCGGAGGGUUGGGUUCCGCGGCGGGGGCGGGGCGGAAAGUGGGCUGCGGCCGGCGGGUAGGCUAGCGCUGGCGGCCCGCCCCGGGGUCCCUCCAGACCGCUCGAAGACGUAAAAGGCUCGUCGGGGUCUUCGUUGUUUCACGUCCAGAACCCAGUUCCUCGCGUCUUCCUCGGGGCUGUCCGGGACCAGCGGGUGUGAAGAGUGCGGCCGGCCUGGUCCCGGGAGGGUCCGCCUUAGCGCCAGCCCUCAUCACCGCCCCCGCGCUUUGCAGAGGACUGAAACUCUGGUUGGCUUGCUUUCCAAUCAUACUUUGGCUCUUUCAUUUUAAAAAGUCUCGACCGCCCACCGCCGGGCACUGUCCCGAGAACUAACCCAGGCUGUAGUGUUUGGGAACCAGGCCCGCUCGGCGGCCACAGUUUCGGGCGUCCCACCUCUGCACGGCCCGUCGGGCGCUGCGGCCCCGGCAGCACGCGGAGAUGAGGAGCAGGAGCAAUUCCGGGGUCCGCUUGGAUGGCUACGCGCGGCUGGUCCAGCAAACCAUCCUGUGCUACCAGAAUCCCGUCACAGGGCUGCUGUCGGCCAGUCAUGAGCAGAAGGAUGCCUGGGUGCGGGAUAACAUCUACAGCAUUCUGGCCGUGUGGGGCCUGGGAAUGGCCUACCGCAAGAAUGCCGACCGUGAUGAGGACAAGGCCAAAGCCUACGAGUUGGAGCAGAACGUGGUGAAACUGAUGCGGGGUCUUCUCCAGUGCAUGAUGAGACAGGUGGAUAAAGUGGAGAAGUUCAAGCACACUCAGAGUACCAAAGAUAGCUUGCACGCCAAGUACAACACCGCCACCUGCAGCACCGUGGUGGGUGACGACCAGUGGGGCCACCUCCAGGUGGAUGCCACCUCCCUCUUCCUCCUGUUCCUGGCCCAGAUGACUGCUUCUGGUUUACGUAUUAUUUUUACCCUUGACGAAGUGGCCUUCAUACAGAAUCUUGUUUUUUACAUAGAAGCUGCAUAUAAAGUUGCUGAUUAUGGAAUGUGGGAACGGGGAGAUAAGACUAAUCAGGGCAUUCCAGAAUUGAAUGCAAGCUCUGUCGGAAUGGCCAAGGCAGCCCUUGAGGCAAUUGAUGAACUGGACCUUUUUGGAGCCCACGGAGGACGCAAGUCUGUCAUCCACGUCCUGCCUGAUGACGUCGAACACUGCCAGUCUAUUCUGUUCUCCAUGCUGCCAAGAGCAUCAACAUCUAAGGAGAUUGACGCUGGACUUCUUUCCAUUAUCUCUUUCCCGGCCUUUGCAGUGGAAGACGUGAACCUUGUGAAUGUGACCAAAAAUGAAAUUAUUUCCAAGCUCCAGGGGCGUUAUGGAUGCUGUCGCUUCCUUCGAGAUGGUUAUAAAACCCCAAGAGAGGACCCAAACCGAUUGCAUUAUGACCCUGCGGAACUCAAGCUCUUUGAAAACAUUGAAUGUGAGUGGCCCGUGUUCUGGACGUAUUUCAUAAUAGACGGGGUCUUCACCGGUGACGCCAUUCAGGUGCAGGAGUACCGGGAGGCCCUGGAGGGAAUAUUAAUCAGAGGCAAGAACGGGAUCCACCUGGUGCCAGAACUGUACGCCAUCCCGCCUAACAAGGUUGAUGAAGAGUAUAAGAAUCCCCACACAGUGGACAGAGUCCCUCUGGGGAAGCUGCCCCAUCUGUGGGGUCAGUCCUUAUACAUCCUCAGCUCGCUGUUGGCAGAGGGGUUCCUUGCCACUGGGGAAAUCGAUCCCUUAAACAGAAGAUUUUCCACUUCCGUCAAACCUGAUGUUGUAGUACAAGUUACUGUUCUGGCCGAAAACAGCCACAUUCAGGACUUGCUGAGGAAACACGGGGUAAACGUCCAGAGUAUUGCUGACAUUCAUCCAAUCCGGGUCCAGCCGGGCCGGAUUCUUAGUCACAUAUAUGCCAAGCUUGGACGGAAUAAGAAUAUGAAAUUGAGUGGGCGACCGUAUCGGCACAUUGGGGUCCUUGGAACAUCUAAGCUAUAUGUGAUUAGGAACCAAAUCUUCACUUUCACACCCCAGUUCACCGACCAGCAUCACUUCUACCUGGCCCUGGACAACGAGAUGAUCGUGGAGAUGCUGAGGAUCGAGCUGGCCUACCUCUGCACCUGCUGGCGAAUGACAGGCAGACCCACGCUCACCUUCCCCAUCACCCACACCAUGCUCACAAAUGAUGGCUCAGACAUUCAUUCUGCAGUACUUUCUACAAUUAGAAAACUAGAGGAUGGAUAUUUUGGGGGAGCCAGAGUAAAAUUAGGGAGCCUUUCGGAAUUUCUUACCACGUCUUUCUACACAUAUCUGACCUUCCUGGAUCCAGACUGUGAUGAGAAGUUGUUUGAUGAUGACAGCGAAGGGAGCUUCAGUCCCGAUUCGGAUCUGGGAGGGUACUUGGAAGACACCUAUAAUCAAGUUACAGAAAGCGAAGAUGAACUGGACCAGUAUAUCAACCACCUCCUACAAAGCACAUCCCUGAAGUGCUAUCUGCCCCCUCUUUGUAAGAAGACAGAAGACAGCCAUGUUUUCAGUGCCAUCCACUCCACUCGGGAUAUACUUUCCGUGAUGGCAAAAGCCAAGGGUUUGGAAAUUCCAUUUGUUCCCAUGACUUUGCCAACUAAAGUUCUGAGUGCUCACCGGAAAUCACUAAAUCUUGUUGAUUCUCCUCAGCCACUCCUAAAAAAGGCCUCUGAAGAGGACUUCCAGUGGCCCAGAGAUGACCAGGGUGACGUGGACUGUGAGAAGCUCGUGGAGCAGCUGAAAGAUUGUGCGAACCUCCAGGAACAAGCGGACAUUCUGUACAUUCUGUAUGUAAUAAAGGGCCCCAGCUGGGACACAAAUCUUUCCGGACAACACGGGGUCACGGUUCACAACCUCCUCAGCGAGCUCUACAGGAAAGCUGGCUUGAACCAGGAGUGGGGUUUGAUCCGCUAUAUCUCUGGCCUGCUCAGGAAGAAAGUGGAGGUCCUGGCAGAGGCCUGCACGGACCUGCUGUCACACCAGAAGCAGCUCACGGUGGGCCUGCCGCCAGAGCCACGGGAGAAGACUAUCUCUGCUCCCCUGCCCCCCGAGGAGCUCACAAAACUCAUCUACGAAGCCAGUGGGCAGGACAUCAGCAUCGCUGUCCUCACACAGGAGAUUGUGGUCUACCUGGCCAUGUACGUCAGGGCGCAACCCAGCCUCUUCGUGGAGAUGCUCAGACUCCGGAUCGGACUGAUCAUUCAGGUGAUGGCCACGGAGCUGGCACGGAGCCUGAACUGCUCAGGAGAAGAAGCUUCUGAAAGUUUGAUGAACCUCAGCCCUUUCGACAUGAAAAGCCUCCUGCACCAUAUUCUCAGUGGAAAAGAGUUUGGCGUCGAGAGAAGCAUGCGACCCAUCCAUUCCUCCACAUCCAGCCCUGCCAUCUCCAUCCAUGAAGUGGGACACACUGGGGUCACCAAAACCGAGAGGAGUGGCAUUAACAGGCUGAGGAGCGAGAUGAAACAGAUGACUAGGCGAUUUAGUGCUGACGACCAGCUGUUUUCUGUGAGCCAGGCCAUGUCCAGCAGUGCGCAUUCCUCCAAGUCCGCGAGGUCCAGCACCCCAUCCUCGCCCACUGGCACAUCAUCAUCAGACUCGGGCGGGCACCACAUUGGCUGGGGGGAGCGCCAGGGCCAGUGGCUCCGCAGGAGAAGGCUGGACGGAGCCAUCAACAGGGUCCCUGUGGGAUUCUACCAGAAGGUGUGGAAGAUCCUUCAGAAGUGCCACGGUCUGUCCAUCGAUGGGUACGUGCUGCCGUCGUCAACAACGAGAGAGAUGACCCCCCAGGAGAUCAAGUUUGCCGUGCACGUGGAGUCGGUGCUGAACCGCGUGCCGCAGCCCGAGUACCGGCAACUGCUGGUGGAGGCCAUCAUGGUGCUGACGCUGCUCUCGGACACCAACGUGAACAGCAUUGGGGGCGUCAUCCACGUGGACCAGAUCGUGCGGACGGCCAACCAGCUGUUCCUGCACGACCAGGAUCGCUUCAGCAUAUGGAAAGGAAGCAUGAUGAGAACCAGGAGGAGGACAGUCUUCGCUACGGGAGACGGGAGCACACGUCUUGACUACUGCUAAGUCGAGGGGCCCAACAGCAUCUCAUCAAGGACAGAAGAUCCAAACGACACAAUCAACAACCUUUGCCUAAUGGACACGUACACAGGCCUAUGCAACACUUUGAGAACACAAAUUUGGCUUCUCUGAGUACACCUGGAGCAUUAAAACGGUGAUUAUACACUAAGCCAUAAAGAAGGAACUAGUGAAAUAUAAUAUGCAGACCACGAUCUCUGACCUUUUAAAAGGUAAAUGAUGCAAGUACAUUUGGAAAUGUUUAAAUUGCUAAAUAACUCCCAAGCGAAAGACGUCAACAAAACCUUUAAAAUAUCCAGAAGUCAAUGAAAAUGGAACAAAGCUUGUGAGAUAUGAAAAACCCAGGGCUUUGAAGGAAUUUUAUAACCUUAAAUGCUUAUGUUAGAAAAGAUGAGAGCCUCCACAGUAAUGAGCAAAGUUUCCCUUUUCAGAAAUUAGACAAAGAACAAAGACAAUAAAAAUAAGCUCAGAUUAUUAAAGAUGAAAGAGGGAUCCACGAAGCCAA